AUGGCCAUUUUGCCUCAACGCCCACCAAUCCUCAGGCCACAUUUCCCCCGCGAUAUCUCUCGUCUAAUUCCGCUUCAAACACGUGUCCGCUGCUCGGCAACCGCGCCCGCCAAGCCCGUCCAGCGCAGCCUGAAGAUCGGCCCUCGGACACCUCGGCCGCCACUCCCCAACCAGUUGUCCCUGAAGUCGACAUGGUCUCACCGGGCGUGGGUCGCCGGAGGCUGCACCACCGUCCUCAUAUCUCUAGCAAAGUCCUUCUCGGGUGCCGCCAGCUCGCACGUUUGGCUCGAGCCAAUCCUGGCCGGUCUUGUUGGGUACGUGCUGGCCGAUCUCGGCUCAGGAAUCUACCAUUGGAGCAUCGAUAACUACGGUGGCCCAAACACCCCGGUUUUCGGACCUCAAAUCGAAGCUUUCCAGGGACACCACAAAUGGCCGUGGACGAUCACGCGCCGCCAGUUCGCCAACAACUUGCACGCGCUGGCGCGUGCCGUCUUUUUCGUCGUCCUCCCCGUAGAUCUGGCGUGCGAGGAUCCGGUCCUGCUGGGGUUCGUGGGCGCGUGCUCCGGGUGCAUCAUGUUCAGCCAGCAGUUCCACGCGUGGGCCCACACGACCAAGAGCAGGCUGCCGCCGGUGGUGGCGGCCCUGCAGGACGGAGGGGUGCUGGUGUCGCGGUCGCAGCACGCGGCCCACCACCGGCCGCCGUACAGCGGCAACUACUGCAUCGUGAGUGGGGUUUGGAACGAGGUUCUGGACGGUUCGAGGUUCUUCGAGGCUUUGGAAAUGGCUAUCUAUUUCAGAUUUGGCGUGAGGCCGAGGUCUUGGGAUGAUCCCACCUCCGAUUGGGCCGAAGAUGGACGAAUCACGUCUUUGGAAUCACCAUAA